CCUCAGGGUGUGAGACUGAGUGGGAAGGGCCGGACUGAACACGAGCUUUCGGCAGAUAUUGAAGCCCGUACUGAAUUUCCCAUCAGAUAAAUCCCGUUUUUUGUAUUUUAUUUACAAUAAUUAUCACAUGAUUAAACUAUAGAGGUCGCAGUGAUGGGAGGCAACAGCAGCUCGCGCCACGUUUCCCUCGAUGAGGCCGACGAGGUUACAUUCGUAAAGGGCAUUCGGCUUUCAGAGAGAGUGAUUGAUCGAAUGAAGGAGUCUCCACCUGUGGUUCGCCCACAAGCGCCAACCAGAUCAUCAUCGACUCCUCCGGCUGAGUCUUCAGUUCCAGAUGAACGUAAUGUACCCAUAAUGCCUCAUUCUCCUUCAUAUGCCAGUGCUUUGGUCCCUCCUCCUCUUUGGGAGCCAAUAACACCUUUAGUGCCGCCUGUGACUGAGGAAACAUCUACACCUCCUUCAUUUGUUCAGUCACCUGAGGGUCUUCCAAUUCCUCCACCUACCAGUACUGAGCAUGUAGGUGUACCCGAUCCUCAACCUGGAUCUGCUAACAUACCUGUACCUGAUCCUCAACCUGGAUCUGCUAACAUACCUGUACCUGAUCCUCAACCUGGAUCUGCUAACAUACCUGUACCUGAUCCUCAACCUGCUAAACCCAUAAAUGCUCUUUCACGAGCCUCAAGUGAACCAAUAACCGCUCCUCCAUUAGUUGAAUCAACCAGUGCACCUGUUGAACCCUUAAUACCCCCUCCUGUCACAACCUCUACUACUGAACCUGUAACCAAUCCACCUUCACUAACCACAAACCCACUUACUGAGCCUGUAACAUCUUUAGAGUCCUCCAUUGAACCUGUAGUUGUACCGAUUGAACCCGUAGAGACUCCGUUCUCCUCUACUUUAGCAGCUGAAGCAAUAUCUGCCGACCCCAUAGAGUUACCUGUACCUUCACCUGCUGAGCUUGAGACUUCACCCUUCCCAAUCUCCAUACCUGAUCCCGUUUUAUCUGUCAUGGAGGAGUCUACUGUGUUACCAUCUGGAUCUGCGUCAGAUGUGGUUUUGCCUGGUGAAAUGCCUUCCAAGACACCUUCAACUGAAAAACCUCCUGUUGUUCCUUCCUUAAUCGACCAAGUCGAGGUCUUUCCACCACAAACACAUAUUGUGAAUGAGGAAAAGCUCAGGAAGCAGAUCAGAGAAGAUCUCCAGAAGCUCCUGAACGAGGAGAUGAAGAUGGCAGAGCGUAAUAUGCGACAACGUCUGGAGGAAGAGAAAGCUGAAGCGAAGGCCCAGGCUCACGCCGCAGCCCGACUCCAGGUUCAGGACGAGGUCCAGAAGGUUCUGGAUCAGGAGAAGCCGUCUUAUCAACAGACUCUGGCAGAUGCCAUCAGGAGCGAGCAGUUGAACGUUCAGGAUGAUCGUCUCAUAACUCAGUAUUAUUGGAUGGAGAGGAAGGCUCAGAAGCUGGAAGAGAAGGAGAAAGAUCUGGAAGAUCAGGAGUCUCUGUUCCAGAAGCAGAUCGCCAAGAUGCAAGAAAAGGCGGCUCAAUUCACCAAAGUCACAGCUGAAAAUCACAGGAAAGGCUUAGAAGAUGCAAACAGCCGCUUCAGGCGAUACCAAAUCAAGCCAGUGUGUUUGGAUCUACAGAGUCAGAUAAUGAAGUGUUACUCUGAGAAUAAAGGUCAAACUAUGAGCUGUUCCAACAUCGCAUCGCUGUACAUUCAGUGUGUGGACCGCGCCAAACAGGAUAAAAAGUUGAGCACUGGAGGUUAACUCACCGGCCUGACCAUCAGAUCUACAGUGUC